AUGUGCUUUGGGAUGCCAACAGACAAGUUGCUGGGGUUUAUAGUCAACUUAAGAGGCAUCGAACUGGACCGUUUCAAGAUCAAGGCAAUUAAGCAAUUAUCGCCUGCAAGUACAAAUAAGGAAGUGAUGAGUUUCUUUGGAAGGUUGAACUACAUUAGUCGGUUCACAACUCAAUGCACCGUGGUGUGUAGGCCUAUUUUCAAGUUACUGAAGAAGAAUGCUUUGAUAAAGUUCAACCAAGAAUGUCAGACUGCUUUCGAUGCCAUCAAGAAUUAUUUGUCUAAUCCGGCAAUGUUGGUUCCUCUGCGGAGUCCAUUAUUGCUAUAUUUGUCUAUAUCAGAUAACACAUUUGGGUGUGUGCUUGGUCAAUACGCCGAGACAGGGAAGAAAGAGCGAGCUAUUUGUUAUUUGAUCAAGAAAUUCACUCCAUAA